GAACUGGAGUAUAUGGUCUGACAAUGCCAUUUGUAUUUAAGAGGUCAGAAAUUGACCUCUUAAUGUUUGAAAUUGGGGUUUUGUGAAAACUGAGGGUGCUUUGGCCUCAGGUACUUCCUUUGGCCAUUGGGGUAAUUGGGGGCAUAUAAUACUUUGGGGGCAGCCAACUGAGAAACUGGGAUUCUGGUUCUCCCCAGGGUACAAAGACCUGGGAGAAGGAGGUGAAUUGUCAGGAUCCAGAAGGAGGUCUCCAAAGGACCACUGCCAGUCAACUCUGAUCUCUCUCCUCUACCUCAAGUCAGUGCCGCUCCCUCCCUACUCCCCUUGUAUUUUCUUUCAUGGAUUUUCCCCCAGCAAGGCCCAAGCUCUGGCCACAGCUAGCCAGUGCCGCUUUCUGCCAGCUCUGCCUCCCAGCACCUCCCUUUGUCUGGGGUUUCUUUGUCUGGGGUCUCUCUUUGGUUCAGUUCCAGUUCCCAGCCUCCCCUCCCUUUCUCUGGGGCCAGGCUGCUCCCUCCCUCUCUGCGGGGGCUGAGAGGCUCUGAGAGGGGAGCCGGACUAGGUUGCCAUGGUCACGUGGAAGCCGCCAGCCGCAGCUGGCCCAGGCAGCUGCUCCAGGGCCUGGGCCUGGAUGCUGGGACAAAGCCAGGCGGCCUCAGCAACUACAGACCUGGAACCCCAAGGGUCUGAAACUGGCGGGGACUGGGACCCAGGAGAACCUCGAGCUGGAGAGAUGCUGUCCCCACCCCCUUAGGCCGGAGGGAUCAAGAGCUAUGGGGCCAGGGGCCCUCUCUUUUCUACUGCUGCUGUUCUUGGUGGCAACUGGAGAUGCUGACAUGAAGGGACAUUUUGACCCUGCCAAGUGCCGCUAUGCCCUGGGCAUGCAGGACCGGACCAUCCCGGACAGUGACAUCUCUGCCUCCAGCUCCUGGUCAGACUCCACGGCUGCCCGCCACAGCAGGCUGGAGAGCAGUGACGGGGACGGGGCAUGGUGCCCUGCAGGGUCGGUGUUUCCCAAGGAGGAGGAGUACCUGCAGGUGGAUCUACAGCGGCUGCACCUGGUGGCUCUGGUGGGCACCCAGGGGCGGCAUGCUGGGGGUCUGGGCAAGGAGUUCUCCCGGAGCUACCGGCUGCGUUACUCCCGGGACGGCCACCGCUGGAUGGACUGGAGAGACCGCUGGGGUCAGGAGGUGAUCUCAGGUAAUGAGGACCCUGAGGGAGUGGUGCUCAAGGACCUUGGGCCCCCCAUGGUCGCCCAACUGGUUCGCUUCUAUCCCCGGGCUGACCGGGUCAUGAGCGUCUGUCUGCGGGUGGAGCUCUAUGGCUGCCUGUGGAGGGAUGGACUCCUGUCUUACACCACCCCUGUGGGGCAGACGAUGUACCUGUCAGAGGCUGUGUACCUCAACGACUCCACCUAUGAUGGACAUACCGUUGGCGGGCUGCAGUAUGGCGGUCUAGGCCAGCUGGCAGACGGUGUGGUGGGGCUGGAUGACUUUAGGGAGAGCCAGGAGCUGCGGGUCUGGCCAGGCUAUGACUAUGUGGGAUGGAGCAACCACAGCUUCCCCAGCGGCUGUGUGGAGAUGGAGUUUGAGUUUGACCGGCUGAGGGCCUUCCAGGCCAUGAAGGUCCACUGUAACAACAUGCACACGUUGGGAGCCCGCCUGCCUGGUGGGGUAGAAUGUCACUUCAAGCGGGGCCCUGCCAUGGCCUGGGAGGGGGAGCCCAUGCGCCACAACCUAGGGGGCAGCCUGGGGGACCCCAGAGCCCGGGCUGUCUUGGUGCCCCUGGGCGGCCGCGUGGGCCGCUUUCUGCAGUGCCGCUUCUUCUUUGCGGGGCCCUGGUUACUCUUCAGUGAGAUCUCCUUCAUCUCUGAUGUGGUGAACGACUCCUCUCUGGCUCUGGGGGGCACAUUCCCACCAGCCCCCUGGUGGCCGCCUGGCCCGCCUCCCACCAAUGUCAGCAGCUUGGAGCUGGAGCCCAGGGGCCAGCAGCCCGUGGCCAAGGCCGAGGGCAGCCCGACCGCCAUCCUCAUCGGCUGCCUGGUGGCCAUUAUCCUGCUGCUGCUGCUCAUCAUCGCCCUCAUGCUAUGGCGGCUGCACUGGCGCAGGCUCCUCAGCAAGGCCGAGCGGCGGGUAUUGGAAGAGGAGCUGACAGUCCAUCUUUCUGUCCCUGGGGACACCUUACUCAUCAACAACCGCUCAGGUCCUCGGGAGCCACCCCCUUACCAGGAGCCCCGGCCUCAUGGGAAUCCGCCCCACUCUGCUCCCUGUGUCCCCAGCGGCUCUGCGUUGCUGCUCUCCAAUCCAGCCUACCGCCUCCUUCUGGCCACUUACGCCCGUCCCCCUCGAGGCCCCAGCCCCCCCACACCUGCCUGGGCCAAACCCACCAACACCCAGGCCUGCAGUGGGGACUAUAUGGAGCCCGAGAAGCCAGGUGCUCCGCUUCUGCCCCCGCCUCCCCAGAACAGCGUCCCCCAUUAUGCCGAGGCUGACAUUGUCACCCUGCAGGGCGUCACCGGGGGCAACACCUAUGCUGUGCCUGCACUGCCCCCAGGGGCGGUUGGGGACGGGCCCCCCAGAGUGGAUUUCCCCCGGUCAAGGCUCCGCUUCAAGGAGAAGCUUGGCGAGGGCCAGUUUGGGGAGGUGCACUUGUGUGAGGUAGAGAGCCCUCAAGAUCUGGUCAGUCUUGAUUUCCCCCUUAACGUGUGCAAGGGACAACCCUUGCUGGUAGCUGUCAAGAUCCUACGGCCAGAUGCCACCAAGAAUGCCAGGAAUGACUUCCUGAAGGAGGUGAAGAUCAUGUCGAGGCUCAAGGACCCCAACAUUAUCCGGCUCCUGGGCGUGUGUGUGCAGGACGACCCCCUCUGCAUGAUCACUGACUACAUGGAGAACGGCGACCUGAACCAGUUCCUCAGUGCCCACCAGCUGGAGGACAAGGCGGCCGAGGGUGCCCCUGGGGAUGGGGAGGCUGCCCAGGGGCCCACCAUCAGCUACCCGAUGCUGUUGCAUGUGGCGGCCCAGAUCGCCUCAGGCAUGCGCUAUCUGGCCACACUCAACUUUGUACAUCGGGACCUGGCCACGCGGAACUGCCUGGUUGGGGAGAAUUUCACCAUCAAAAUCGCAGAUUUUGGCAUGAGCCGGAACCUCUACGCCGGGGACUAUUACCGUGUGCAGGGCCGGGCAGUGCUGCCCAUCCGGUGGAUGGCCUGGGAGUGCAUCCUCAUGGGGAAGUUCACAACUGCCAGUGACGUGUGGGCCUUUGGGGUGACCUUGUGGGAGGUGCUGAUGCUCUGCAGGGCCCAGCCUUUUGGGCAGCUCACUGACGAGCAAGUCAUCGAGAACGCGGGCGAAUUCUUCCGGGACCAGGGCCGGCAGGUGUACCUGUCCAGGCCACCUGCCUGCCCACAGGGCCUGUAUGAGCUGAUGCUUGGGUGCUGGAGCCGGGAGCCUGAGCAGCGACCACCCUUUUCCCAGCUGCAUCGGUUCCUGGCAGAGGACGCGCUCAACACAGCGUGAAUCAGCAUCAGCUGCCAGUGACACUGAAACAAGAGGAGCCAGCGACACCCCCACCUCACUCCCCUCCUGACUGCCCGUCACCUCUGAGAGAGGCAGUGUGACUGCAGGUGGGCUGGGCCUGCCUGGACACGCUCUAUGUCUCCUUCCUGUUCCUCCUUCCUAGAAGUCCCCGCCGCCCUCCAGCUGGCCCUGUGGAUCGGACCUCCUGACCCCUCUAGCCGCUCUUGGGGAAGGGUGGGGCAAAUACAGGGCAGACACUGGACAUGGACUCUCGGAGCUCCUGGGCCCCACUGGACAACACUGGUUCCUGGAGAGGUGGCUGUGCCCCCAGCCUCUCUUCCUGUCACACACUGGACCCCACUAGCUGAGAAUCUGGGGGAGGGAGGAAGACAAGAGGGGAGAAAGCUGCUCCCUGUGCUUGCUCCCGCAACUGUCCUCGGCUUUGGGUUCUUCCUCCUCCACCACCUGGAGCACUGGACCUGGGGUGGCCCCUGCCCAGCCUUCAGUCACCCCAGCUUCCCACCUUUCACGUUGUAGCUAGAACUCUCUAAGCCUGUCCAUUUCUGUGAGUAAAUAUUGAGAUUAGGGGGAAAGAGGGAGCAGUGGCCUGUGGCCCUGGUGUUGGACAUCUCUAUUGUAGCUGCCAUAUUGGUUUUUCUAUAAUCACAUGGGGUUUGUACAUUUUUGGGGGGAGAGACACAGAUUUUUACACUAAUAUAUGGACCUAGCUUGAGGCAAUUUUAAUCCCCUGCAUUAGGCAGGUAAUAAUAAAGGUUGAGUUUUUCAUA